GACCUUCGCGGCCUUCUCUCUCACAUUUUAUAGCGCUCUUCUUUUCCUCCUUCGUGUGCUCCCUUCGCUGAGGUUAGGGGUUUUUGCUUCACGAAUCGACGCCCCUUUGUUGCUUUUCAGUCUCCCGAAUCGACGAUCAUGAUCCUUCUUCUUCUUCUUCUUCUUCUUCUUCAUGUGUUGAUGGUUUGAUCGUCUGCGAAGCCAUUCUCUUUGCAGAUUUUUUUUCCCGAGCAUUUGGCGGAGUUUCGCUAAUGAUAGCUGAGGGAUUUUCGGGAACAGUACUUUGGGAUGGCAGAUAGCAGAAGACAUCUCUCGACUCAGCAAUUAGCAGACCUUGAACAAAUACUGCAAGAAGCACAAAACCGCUGGCUGCGUCCUAGUGAAAUCUGUGAAAUCCUUCGCAACUACCAAACGUUUCAUUUGACACCAGAUCCCCCUGUUACGCCUCCAGCUGGUUCUUUGUUCCUUUUUGAUCGUAAAGCACUUCGAUAUUUUCGAAAAGAUGGUCAUCGGUGGAGGAAGAAAAAGGAUGGGAAAACUGUCAGAGAAGCUCAUGAAAAGUUGAAGGCCGGCAGUGUGGAUGUUCUUCAUUGCUAUUAUGCCCAUGGAGAAGACAAUGAGAACUUCCAGCGAAGAAGUUAUUGGAUGCUUGAUGGGCAGUUGGAGCACAUUGUUCUUGUGCAUUACAGAGAAGUCAAAGAGGGCUACAAAUCUGGUGCCUCUCGCUUGUUAAAUGCAGAUCCAUUAACACAUUCUAGGAAUGCUCAAGUUAAUUCUGCUCUUUGCUUGGCAAAUGCAAAUUCUCCUGCCCUUCCAGUUCAGACAUCCUAUGUAUCAAGUCCGAAUACAGGCGAUUGGACUGGGCAGACACGGUCUUCAGAAUUUGAUGAUGGGGAUUCCGGGGAUGAUCCAGGAAUCUGUUCUCUUAAUCAACCUAUCCAUGGUUCAACAUCUCAUAACACUUCUUUGCAUGCGCAUGAUUCUGUAGGAUUUUUCUCGUUAUCAACAAACCCUCUUGGUUCAGCAUUUGCUGGAGCUAAUUUUAGUCAUGGAAUUAGCUCCCCUCUCUGGGCUCAAGUGCACAGCUCCAACAAAAGUGUACAGAAUCCUUUUGAUCGAAAAUUUUAUGUGGAACAGCCUGGUGGAGCUGAAUCAAUAUCCCGUAAGCUGGUAGACGCCCGAUUGGAUGCUGAUUGCAGAGUCCAAGAUGAUGUUACUACUGGAAUUAGGUUGAUUCCUACUGAUGAUAUUCAAGCAGCAUCAAUAUCUUCUCAGAGAGCAGACCUGGUGUCCAAGGAGCAUGAUUUACAUUUAGAGUUUCAGUCUCAUUCUGAUUGUCAUCAUGCUGUUGCUUCCGUUUCACAUAUUGAAAGCAGUCAUCAAGGGGGUUGUACAAACAAUGAUGCUUCAGGGGAGCUGAAAAAGUUGGAUAGUUUUGGGAGAUGGAUGGAUAAAGAAAUCGGUGUAGAUUGUGAUGAUUCCUUAAUGGCCUCUGACUCUGGCAAUUAUUGGAACACACUUGACACUCAGAAUGAUGACAAAGAAGUAUCCAGUUUAUCACGCCAAAUGCAGUUGGAUGUUGAUUCCUUCCCUUCUCUCUCACAAGAACAGCUAUUUAGUAUAUGUGAUUUCUCUCCAGACUGGGCUUAUUCUGGUGUUGAAACAAAGGUUUUAAUUACCGGUACAUUUUUGGGUAAAACAAAGUAUUCUAUUGGUACUAAAUGGUGCUGUAUGUUUGGUGAAAUUGAGGUUCCUGCUGAAGUUCUGAUUAAUAAUGUCAUUAGAUGUCGUGCUCCUUCACAUGCUCCUGGACGUGUUCCAUUCUAUGUCACCUGCAGUAACAGAUUAGCAUGCAGUGAAGUGCGGGAAUUUGAAUAUCGUGAAAAUUUAUCGCGAGUUGCAUUUUCUGUUGCUGUUGAAAUUACACCAGAAGAUGAACUGCGCUUCCAAAUACGUCUUGCUAAACUGUUAUCUUUAGACCUAAAGAGGAAGUGGUUGGAUUGCUCCAAUGAGGAAUGUGAUAAAUGUAAGCUAAAGAAACAAAUCUUUGCAAUCAAAGGAGACAAUGAGAAUGAUUGGAAAAAGAUCGAGGCUGAUUCUAUUGCAUUUGAAGGAAAUAACUUAAAUCCUAAGGAUGUGUUGAUCCAAAACCUCCUGAAGGACAGACUCUGUGAGUGGCUCAUUUGUAAAGUUCAUGAAGUUGAUAAAGGGCCAAAUAUUUGGGAUGAAAAAGGCCAAGGAGUUAUUCACUUGGCGGCUGCUCUUGGUUAUGACUGGGCAAUGGAUCCCAUUGUUGCUUGUGGUGUUAGUCCCAAUUUUAGAGAUACACGUGGAAGAACAGGGCUCCACUGGGCAUCUUUCUUUGGGAGGGAGGAAACAGUCCUUGCACUUGUUAGAUUGGGUGCUGCUCCAGGUGCUGUUGAUGACCCAACUCCAUCAUUUCCUGGUGGACAAACAGCUGCUGAUUUGGCAUCAAGUAGAGGACAUAAAGGAAUUGCUGGAUAUUUAGCGGAAGCUUAUUUAGUCAGUCAUCUUUCGUCCUUGACUAUUAAUCAAUGUGUAAGGGACAGUGUUGCCAUGAAUAUUGCAGAAGGGAAUGCUACAGAAACUGCAGAACAUAUUUUUGGUCCAUCAGAGGGGGCAAUAGACGGGCAGCUUUCUCUGAAAGGCUCUCUCGCUGCUGUUCGAAAAUCAACUCAUGCUGCUGCUCUUAUUCAAGCUGCCUUCCGUGCUCGCUCAUUCCGACAUAGACAGUUAACUAGGAGCAGCAAUGAUAUAUCAGAAGUUUUAGUGGAUCUAGUUGCUCUUGGUUCUUUAAAUAAGGUCCAAAAAAAGACUAAUUUUAAUGAUUACCUGCAUUCUGCAGCUGUUAAGAUUCAACAAAAAUAUCGUGGCUGGAAGGGGAGAAAAGAAUUUUUGAAGAUACGAAACCGUAUUGUGAGAAUUCAGGCUCAUGUAAGGGGUCACCAAGUUCGUAAGCAAUAUAAGAAGGUUGUUUGGUCUGUUGGUAUUGUGGAAAAAGCAAUACUGCGUUGGAGGCGGAAAGGUUCUGGUUUACGAGGCUUUAGAGUGGAAAAUGCUAUUGGAAAUGUAGAACCUGGAACUGAAAAAGCUGAUGAAUAUGAAUUUCUUCGAAUUGGCCGGAAACAGAAAUAUGCUGGAGUUGAAAAUGCUCUUGCCAGAGUCAAAUCCAUGGCUCGUCACCCUGAAGCUCGUGAUCAGUACAUGAGGCUAGUUACAAAUUUUGGGAAUUUAAAGGUAAGCAGUGGAGGCAGUGGUGCACCUAAGCAAGCUGAGGGGGCAGAGGGAACGUAACAGGGGAAGAUCUGUGUGCCUUGGCAGUAGAUGGAUUAUCUGAUUCAUGUCACCACAGUUAAAUUGCAUGGGCAGCUGGGCGGUAGUAUUGUCUGUACUUUGUAAGUAGUGUCUAACGUCUCAUCUCUGGAGGCUUCUGUCAUCUAUAAAAUACAAGAGGCAAAAAGAAAAAGAGAAAGGAACCUAUCCAGCCACCAACACUCAAAUCACCCCCUCUCCUCUCCGCAGUUGGGACUUUUUGAGGUCAUAGGAGAUCUGAAUGUAUAUGAUUCCCCUCUUAUCUUUGCUGGGUGAUCAUUUAGUACUGAAUAUAUAUGAUCAGGAUGGGCUUGUGAUCGAGUUGUGGGAACAAUGAAUUAACCACAGUUGUCUUAUUAUUUUGCUUAAAAAAUCUUUAGAUUUUGGAAAUCGCACCAAUGGUGGAACUUAUUCAAGCCAAUAACAAAUGGAUGGGGAGCUUACAUUCUUGUGCUUCUUACUGA